AUGGAAGUGAAACAGGAGCUUUCUGCAGUCUCUUUGGUCAAAUUGUCGUCGUUCAUUUUUUGGGGCGGCUUGUACUUAUGGUGGGCGGUGGAUUCGAACCGUAGUCCUGAGUGGUGCUCCAGGGUGGUGACCUUGCUCCACGGAUCAGUCGCAACGUGUGUCGGGUUAGCGCAAUGUGGUAUAAACACUCUUUCGUCGUCUUCGCUAACGACGAAACUAACAUUGGGCCAUUACGCGCUAAUGGUGUGGUCGUGGGGUUACUUCGCAUUUGAUCUGCUCUGGUGCCUCCUCUACUGGACGAACAGCUACACGAUGAUCUGUCAUCACAUCAGCGCACUAGUCGCUAUCAAUUUUUACCUCGGCAAGGACUACACUGGCUGUACGUUCGCAUGCACUAUUGCCUUGCUAGAAAUAACCAAUCCCCUGCUACAAACUAGAUGG